AUGCCACAACUCUUUUUGGAUGAUAAACAAGCAGAUCCAAUGCAUGCUGAGUUAGUACGUAAAGUGGCAUAUGACGCACGUAUAUCACAUGAUCUAUACAAACAUUGUGUAUAUCCUCAUUUAGGCGAUAAAUUAUUUUUCAUUGGUUUUGUUCGUCCUUGUUUUGGUGCUAUACCACCACUAGCUGAAAUGCAAGCUAGAUGGUAUGCAUUAUUAUGUUCAAAUAAAUUAACAUUACCAGAUAAGGAAACAAUGAUUGAACAAAGCAAAACUUAUGUUAAAUAUAUUGAAUGGCAACUAACACCUUACAGAACAAAUCGAAUUGUUAAUUUAACAGAUUUUGUCAUCUAUUCAGAUGAUUUGGCUCGUACAAUUGGAUGCAGACCACAUCUAGUGAAAAUGUUUUUUAGUGAUCCAUCACUGUGGCUAAAAUGUAUGUGUGGUCCAAUUAUGAAUGCACAAUACCGUUUAGUUGGUCCUCAUAGUAAAUCUGACCAAGCACGACAAAUAAUUAAAGAAGUCAGAUGGUUAAAACAUCUGAAUUUAAUGAGCUUGUUUUUGUUAUUUGUUCAUGCAAUUAUUUGGUUUUGUGGAUUAAAAUCACACCAACCAAGUACAUGGUAUCCUAUUUCUGCUCCAUAAGUAGUUAUGUCUACCAACUACUUGUCUAAGGGUUUGGGAAUAGGACAAGAUGUAAUAAACAAAUUAAAGGUAGUGAACCUUGUUUCUUACGAGAAAAUGUAAGAAUUGAUAUAUGUACAAAUUUCCUUAGAAUUCUCAGCCGGCCACGAAUAACAGGUUGGAGUUUUAAUACAAAUAUGUCUAUGCUGAGAAAACUUGCUGUUUCCUCCAGCAGGUCUUCCACCGUAACAUUUGUAAAAAGAGCUAAACUAGGUUGGACAACGUCUCUUGCUCAGUUUUAAAACUCGAUGAAGCUGAGCGAAAGCUUUUUCUCACAAACGGAAGCACUUCAAAUGCUUUUAAGUAUGACUUUUCUUAGGUAUCAUACAUAAAUUCUACCAACAAAUUCGGCG